CUUUCAACUCAUCUGCUCAGCUGCUGACGGUUCAAGUUCCUCCAGCUCACGGUUCUACCCGGACAACCUUGUGACGCCUGGACCCCGGUUAGGACGCCUGGACUGCUUUGAUUCUGCGUUACGGUUGUCGAUCAAGGUUGGAAUAUCUAUAAGCUUUUAAAGAAUGUACGUAACCAUUUUGUUUCUUUCUUUUCAUGGUUUUCCAAGGUUUCCUGAUAGUGUUAUCACACCGGAGCAAGAUGGAGGCUUUUUUUUGGGAAGCCGUUCAGCGAAAGAUCGGACAAGUAAGCGACGCUGUUCAGUCAAUCAUUAAACUGCAGAAGCUUUGCGGCAGCAGCGCACUUGGCCUAAUCGAUGCUGGCGAUAUCCCAGAAAUGGUAGACGAUUCGAAAACCAGACUCGCCAGGAUGAGCGAAGAGGAAAUCAUCAAAAUGUUCGGCAAACCUUUGUCGCCGGAUGACAUUUUACUGACGAUUGGCGAAAAAAAAGUUAUAAUACUGCUUUCGCAAACCAUUCGUGAGGAAGGGAUUGCUCGAUUCCUUCCUCCUGCGCAAUCGUCGAAUUCGGUGGCAGAAGUGACUCAACCGAUCAACGAAAAUGAUUUUGCAAAUCAUUCUUCGAGUUUGUUGGCUCGGAUUCGAGGGGAGUACUUGGAGACGUAAGUUUAAUUGAUAAAAUUUUCAGAAAAUAAAUUACCGAAAUGGUAUCACCGAACAGGACACCCGACUACAUGACGACAACGUUUCUUGCAAAAAUGCAAGUAGUUUCAAUUCGCAGACGUUCAGCGGGAUGUUUGGAGGCUGCAGUAAAGUGCCCGUUCUGCGCCCGAACUGUUGGCUCUCUUAAAAUCGGCACUCACUCUUGGACCAAGCACAACAUUUGCCGUCACAUUAACCAGCAUGCGAAGAAGGGUAUUACAAACAUCAACAAAAAAAAACAGGCCAAAAACGUUCAGCGGAUGGUAGCUUGAUUGCAAGUGAUCCUAAAGAGCCGAACGAGCAGUCGGUGCAGUCGUGUUCGGGUGAUGAUGACCCGCUGGUGCAUGACAACAGCAACAUACAAAUGGAUAUACCCACAACGUCUGGCACAUCGCAGCUGAUAAUUGAACCCGUUGAGCCAGAGGCUUCAUUCUCAGGUGAAGAACACCUGGCGGAUGAACAAAACGUAAGCAAGGAGUCAUAACUGUACACUAGCGUCCUUUCACAUGAGAGGCGGAGUUAAGCGAGUGUCGGCGAAGUCUGAGUGUUAAAAUAUUCGAUUACACAUUUUACAAUCAUUCAGUUAUCGUUGGGACCAUUCAUAAAUCACGUAGACACUUUUUGAAAUCAUGGAUGGGUUCAUGGAUGGACCCCUAAUCGCCAAGCAUGUUAAAAAAAUGAUGGGAAGCGUUGUAUUUAUAAAUUUCAUUAUUUUUGUCACCAGGUGAAAAUGUUGAGAAGCCACUGACAGACUCCGCACUGUUGGAUUUAUUGGUCGACAUGCAUCACCGAGUGAAAGAUCAAAAUAAGUUUGCCCGAAAAUACUCGGAUAUCGAGAAGGACAUUUGCACUUAUGAUUAUCUAACUGGCGGUAACAAUCACUACGACUACAUAAAGCGUAACAUCGGAACAAUGACUCUCAAGACAAUUCAGCGCCACAUGAGUAAAUACACCACCAACGUUGUUGAAGGGAUUAUUGAUGUCGAAGGUUUGAAAGCCUACCUUGAGGAAAACGGUUACCCGAUGGCAGUAUCGAUUUGUGAGGACGGAACAAGAUUAACCGCAGCAACGGAGUACAGCUAUACCGACGACAGUCUAACCGGCCUAGUUGCGCCCUUUGAUGAGAAUGGCAUGCCUGUACAAAAUUUGUUUAAAGCUACAACACCCCACAAAGUUAUGGAAGACGUGAAAAAUUACCCAACAGGCAACUAUGCUUACGUUAUGCUCGCCGUACCGCUUGUGGCUGGAGCGGCACCUUUUGUUCUGUAUUUUGCAUGUUCCGACAAUAAGUUUACACACGUGGAUGUUUUGAACCGGUGGGCAUACCUAGAGGAAGUCCUGAGUUCAGUCGGAAUUCGAAUCGUUUCGUAUAACGCUGACGGAGACCCUAGGCUCCUCAAAGCGAUGAACAUCCGCGCCUGCCUGGACCAGGAAAGACAACCAUCUCCUUUGGGUGGAUACUACAUUGUUAAUUCCAACUACGCACCUUAUGCACAAGAUGCUACGCAUGGGACAAACAAGUUCAGAAAUCGGCUACUUACAAAGGACCUGAUAAUUGGUGACUACACGAUCGGAAAAUGCCACUUAACCACGCUGAUCAAAAAGUACAAGAAAUUCCAACACGGUCUAACUUGGUCGGACAUCAAUUUGAAGGACAAAAUGAAAUACGCGCCCACGCUCAAACUGAUCAAGCAAUCACUGAUAGACUUCUUGGUGGCCAAUGUCGAGGGAAGCUUGGGAACCGCAAUUUUCCUAAAACUCAUGCAACUUAUGCACCGUUCCUUCAUUGAGGAGAACAUCGAACCACUUCAAAGAAUUUAUUACAUUUGGACUGUUAACUUCUUCGUCAGAGCAUGGAGAAACUGGAUUGGACUAAAUCGCAAGCGUGGCUUAACUUACGAUCAAUACGUGACCACUAACGCAUACAAUUGCGUGGAGUUGAAUGCGCAUGCGCUAAUUGCUUUUAUCAGGGACUGCCGAGACCGAAAUGUUCCUGAACAAUGUUUGGUUACUUUUCUGUCGAGUCAACCUUGUGAAAAGUUGUUUGGCCAAUUAAGGACAAUGGCAUCUACAAACCAAACCGUCGUAAAUUUCACCAUCAAGGAGCUUCGAGCAAAACUGAAGAGACUCCAAAUGAAGACUUGCAUUAUGCAUAAAUAUAACGGUGAAAUUAACUUUCCAUCGCUCGACAAGUUCAACAACGCUCACCCUACACAAGUUCUGCCAAAUGAUAUCGAGAUCACAAAUGAAGUUUCGAAGGCUGAGCUCACCGCGCGACAGAUGCUGCAGAGUCUUGGUUUGAGUGACGGAGAAAUUGAUUUCACAGACUCACUUAACUUGAGAUCAAAAAAUCGACCAAACCAACCAACCGAGUUUGAAUUCGUGAACGCCGACUCUCAUAACGACGAAUUUAGUGAUUUGGAAGAAGAAGAACACGAUGAUGAUGAUCCAGAAAUUGUCGGAAAGUCAACCCAAACUCAAUCGUCGGAAAGUGCAGAUGAUGAAUUUGAUUUUUCUGACACACUGGAGUUUGUGCAGGUGCAACAGGAGUUUGAUGAGAGAUUGGAAGAGCCUAUCUACGCCAUCGAGGACCUAUUUGACACAAGCGAAGAAUUAACCUUGAAAAGUACCAGCGCUGGUGACAAGCAUGUAUUUAAAAUAAGGGAUUCGACGGGACAUGUAAAACAUAUUAAAAAAUCUACAUUUUUGUGGAUGGUAGCUCCAGGACGACAAAUUCUGUCUGUGGACAGAAAUCAAAGAUUCAGGCAAAAAUAAAAUGAAAUCUUUUCAAAUGGUCAGACGCACUGGUUGAAUAUUUAAAGUACAAUACUGCAUUAUUACAACUUCCAUUACUAACCUCACUGUUAUGUUUGCUUAUUUUAUAAUAUCGAUUAAAACACAUACACCUGUUGAAAUCUAAAAUUUGUUUUCUUCCGGAUGUCGCCUUUAUUAAGUUUUCUUUUUUGUGUGAAUUGUUGGGAAUUAUGAAAAAACGUUUAUAAAAUUAAGUGCGUUGCAUUGCUACACUAUACAUUCGCCGGUUGAUCACCUUUUCGUUGGGCACUUUUUAGUUUGUACCCGUUAGUUUGACAAUCUCAAACUUGAAAGUGACGAACUGUUAGUUUUUUCACGGAACUCACACUUAAUAUCAAACCAAACGUUUGGCAGUAAGUGUAAGCUCUGUGUAAAGAGGAUGUAAAGCUAAAAAGUGACCCCGUUCGUUUGACAGCAAUUGGUGUCAAACCAGCGGGGUUUCAGUGUAGUUGAAAAUCAGAGUUGUUGAAGUGUAUAUAACAAGUAGGGAAUAGCGUUAGUUAAAGACUAGCACAACUCAGCUCAAGGACAGCUUCUUUUGAUUUUCCGAGUGAGGCCAUGGUUUGGACGAGUUCAACUUUCAGGGCAAUCGCGACAGAGCAGCUGAUGGGUCCGAGUAGGACGUAUAGUGGCGCCCAGUUCGAAUGUACGCAGAGGGCAACACUGGCCACCUCUCUGUAGGUGACCACAGCAUGGAUCACUAGUAGAACUGCUUGCAAUCUGUUAUGGAUUCAUUUUUUCGCUCAAGGUUCGACUGCGACAAACCGUCUCGGAACUGGGGUUCUGCUCUCGGACAGCAAGUUGAAGAAGUAGUCUUAUGAGUCCAGAGUCGCGUCGAUAAUCUUAUCCAUGUCGAUCCGAAACUAUAAGAAACUUCCGGUGCGGAUUGUUCCGUCUCAGUAGCCGUCGUGACUGGAGUGUCAGAUUCUACGUAAACUUGCCACCGACUGGCGCAACAUCUGACCCACGUACUCCAUCCGACUCUCAAUGUCCGACAUUUCAGCUUGCAAAACUUGGGUACGUUGAGCCACUCGAAGGAUGCUUGUCUCCACGGCCCCAAACGUUUUUUUUUUGGCCGGAAAAUAUCCGUGGCGACAGGAUGUUCCGCUAUGGAUACUUUUGCACGGGACUCCCGGUUGGCGCGCAUCUGGUCGUUACACUAUCGCAAAGGUUUCGAACUUUUCCAGCAUACAAGAUACAUGCUCCUUUCCGACCGUAGCUGGAUGUUCUUCCCUAACGGUCGAUUCGGAACCGAACUUUUACUACUGCUACUUCCUCCGCAAGACAAGUGACCGCGGUCAACGUUGUAAUUCCCACCGCCGGAUUGAUCGUCGUUUGAAGCACAGGCUGUGCUUUGGCUCUCAAUUGUACUUGCGAAGCCACCGUAGGAUCUGUCCUGCUGACAGUAGACACUCCGAGUGUGGCCAAUCAUGCCAGGGAACCAGGCCAGAUUCUGAAAAUAACUAUCCGUGCAAGUUUAGGGUUAGCAUUUGUGAAAAAUAACUUGUCGCGACCGGCGUGACACAACUUAUUAAAUGUAAACAAACAACAAAAUGACAUUUUGCUUGUUUCGCUCUUCUCUCUUUUUUUGCUCUCUUCAAAGAGAUCACUCCUCAAAAAAUCUGAGCAACCCAGAACAAAUGGGAGCAAUUGGGAUUGGGAGGAAUCUGGAGGAAAGUAGAGCAACCGAGAAGAAUGAGCUGAAAACGGUCAAAAGCAAAAUUUCAGAGCAAACGGGAGCAAAGCAGAGAAAACGGGAGAAACCAGAGUAUCUCCCUUGCUCACUGUCUUGCCCCGAGGAAAAACCUCAUUUCACAAACCUUCUGAUACAAAUCCUUCAGCUAUUUUUAUCAUAUUUGGAUGAUUUUUUUCAUCCUUUUGCCCAUUCAAAACCGUUUCAAUCGGUUCGAAGUUGAACCGCGGCUUCUCUGGGGACACCACCUUUAUUUUACGCUUCCGUGGCGCCAUCUUUCCUUUACGGGAUCACAAAUCGGCAAAAGAAACACAAUUGAAAAAAUGCAAAAUUCUCGGGCAGAUUGAUAACCGACGCGCGACGCAACCCGAUGAUGCUUCCAAUUUUGAUUCUGGGGUUGUUUUGCUGUUUUUGCCGCUCCGUUUUGGGUUUGUCUUCUCUUUUUUGAAUGUUGUCCAUCAACUGUCAGUUGGUUCUGUUGCAGCGGUACGGGCGGACAGGGUUGGCAGAAAUCGGGUUCUGAACAGUAAUCUGUAGCAUCAUCAGACGAAGAUAAAAAUCUCGACUUAUUUUUUAAUAGGUCCUCGAUUAGGUCCUAUAAACAUAUGAAAGACAAUAGCUUAUAGGACCUUUAAAAAAAAAAAAAAACUCUGGAAAUCUGACUUUUUGCCUCGGUUAACCGUCAAUUUUUAGUUUGAAUUUGACCAACCAACAGGAUACAAUAGGGUCCUAAAGCCCUAUGUAAAUGUUUAUGUACAAUGAUAAAAGCACUAUUAAAGCAAGGUUACUCUAAGACAGGUUGGGCUGUCUUUGUAAAGUUGUAUUAGUGCGAACACGGAGGAAAAAAUAAAACGUCAGUUUUCGCAUGAAAAUUCAUUUUUCGAAAUUUUUUAUCUCCGUGCACAGUUGAAGAGGAACACUGUGACGUCACAAAGUUUGUUUUUCCUUUGAGCUAAGUGGCAGACGGGCGAUUUUGAGUUAGUUUUGAGGAAUCGGUAACGAUAUUCCGUCCCAUCUUGACUAAAAUUAUCGCAAAAUAGUCGAUAAUCGUAACGGAAGGUAAUUUGCAGCAUAAUUAUUUUAUCAGGACAUGUUUUAAUUUAAUCUUUCCU